UCACACAAGAUAUCAAACCCUCCCAAUACAAUUGAUUAGUAAUGUUGAAAAGAGAAAAAUCAAAAUGAAAUGAAGAUAAGAGAAGAUGAUGAAGAAGAAGAAGAAGAAAAGAUCAAACUUAUGUUAACCUAAAUGACGUUCUUUCAAACUCUAACCAUGGUUACAACUCAGCAUCCUACUCCGCAUCUCCUGUCUCUCUAGUUCACUCCAUGCUCUCAUUCAACCCAUCAUCAUCAGAUUCUUUGUCAUUUCCAUUCUCAUGCUGAGUUUCCUAUUCUGUACAAUUCUGUGACUAUAACAGUGCUUGUUUCACCCAUAAAACCAAUUGGAUUAAGCUUAGUUGCUGUUCAACUUGUCAAUUACAACCCAAAACAGUGAAAAGAGAGUUGCCUUUACAAAGUUUUAUUGCCAGCCAAUGUUGAACAAUUUAAAUUCAAGUUUGUUAAAUUAACUUGCACCUUUCACUCGAUUAAGUUAAUCUUGAAAUUAUGAUAAAUGCGAUUGAAAAUUGUUGCGCCCAUCAAUGAAUUGCCAGUUUAAUGUUUCACCAGUUUUACUGUUCAAUCUUUUCAUUUCACUUGUAAAUGUUGUUAAUUGUUGUGAUCCAGGAUUCUUUCCCUGCAAUGAUUCAGACAUUUGUAUUGAACAGCGUCUCAACUGCAACAACGAACCCGAUUGUCCAGAUGGAUCAGAUGAAGAGCAUUGUGAGGACAAUCAUAAACGCGAAUAUUGGGACAAGUUGUUUCGAAAGCGUCCAGACGAAGACAGGGAAAAGAAAAAUUCAACCAAAUGUGCAAUGAAAAAUAUUCCAGGAGAAUGUUCAUGUUCCAUGUUCAAUGUUUUCUGUGAACAACAAAAUCUUGACAGAAUUCCAAAGAUUCCAAUGGAAGCAAGAAUAUUAGAUUUAUCUGGUAAUCGAGUUGAGAAGCUUCGUCGAACCAGUUUUUCCUAUUUACCUCGAUUGAAAACACUCAUUUUAACCUCAACAGAGAUUCAAACCAUUGAAAAAGAUGCCUUUGCCAAUUUGCCAAACUUAUCGUCACUUUUUAUGUCUGGAAAUCAAUUAUACACUAUAAAUAAUAAAAUUUUUUCAAACAACUCAAACCUUGUCUUACUUUUUCUGUCUCACAAUCCAAUUCAAAUUUUGAAAAAUCAAUCUUUUACUGGUUUAUCUUCACUUGAAGAACUUGAUUUACGAAACUGUCGUUUGUCCAAAUUCCCAAAACGAGUUUUUGAACCGUUGGUUAAAUUGCAAACUCUUUUGCUCGAUGGUAAUUUAAUAACCAGUUUACCAGCGAAAAUAUUUCGAUCUCUCAACAAUCUCCAAGUCUUAUCACUCACAAAAAAUCGAAUCAAUAUAAUUCAAGAUGUUAAUUUUAUUGGUUUAAUAUCAUUAAGAUCAUUGUCACUUUCUAUCAAUAACAUAGAAGAGCUCAAAGAUAAUGCUUUUGGUAAUCUGACAACUUUAUUAAAAUUAGAUCUUCGGAAAAAUAAGCUAAAAUUAUUGGAAUCUAAUGUCUUUUCCAACUUAAGUGACCUAGAAUCAUUAGAUGUUCGUAAAAACAUGAUUAAAAAAUUGCCAUUAAAUAUAUUUGACAAUCUUCAGUCACUGACACACAUAUAUUUUGAUGAAUUUCGAUUGUGUUCAUAUGCUCUUCAUGUAAGAGUCUGUGAACCACGAGGUGAUGGGAUAAGCAGUUUUCAGCAUCUUUUGGAUAAUAUAGUUUUACGCUUUAGCGUCUGGGUUGUCGCUUUUAUCGCCUGUGUUGGCAAUGUUUUUGUACUCAUUGGAAGGAUGUUGAUGCAUGAACCCAAUCAGGUUCACUCUUUUUUUAUCAAAAACUUGGCCUUUGCUGAUCUUUUGAUGGGCAUUUAUUUGUUCAUCAUUGCUUAUUAUGAUGCUUCAUUCCGUGGACAGUACAUUAAACACGAGGACGCUUGGAGGCACUCAUGGCAGUGCAACCUUUCAGGUUUCCUUUCCACCCUUUCCUCUGAAUCUUCAGUCUUUAUUUUAACCGUUAUUACGGUUGAUCGUUAUGCUUCUGUCAUCUAUCCAUUGAGCCAGAAAAGGCGAACCAAAGGGUUUGCCAUUAGCUGUAUGGUUGCCAUCUGGACUGGAGCUGUUGUCCUUGCCUUACUUCCACUCUUGACUGAUGACCUUUUCGGUGACGAGUUUUAUGGCAACAACGGUGUUUGCCUGGCUCUUCAGAUUCACGAUCCUUUCAGCAAAGCCUGGGAAUAUUCAACGUUUCUCUUUUGUGGCCUCAAUUCAGGAGCCUUUAUCUACAUUACCUAUGCUUACAUCAACAUGUCACUAACCAUUGCCAGUUCUCGCCUUGGCCUGCGAACAACGCAACAGCAACAAGAUCGAUGCAUAACCAAACGAUUUGGCUUCAUUGUGGCCACAGACUGUCUUUGCUGGAUGCCAAUUGUCAUCAUUAAAAUACUCGCUCUUGCAGGUGUUCCAAUCAAUGAUGAUCUGUACGCUUGGGUUGCCGUUUUUUUGCUUCCUGUUAACUCGGCUCUCAAUCCUGUUUUGUAUACUCUUACAACGAAACUUUUCAAGCAACAUUUUGCUCGAAUAAUUGCGUACGGACUUCAACGAAGCAAUUCACCUGGAGGAGACAAUAAUUCUGGUACCUCAUUUUCUUCCAUAAUUAUGCCUAUUAGAGGUUCUUGUAAACGCUUGAGGGGUACAAAUUUGUCUGAUGAAUCCAUGAGACUAGACACAGCAAUGGAUCAACCAAGGAGGAUCUCAGAUCACCCUCGAAAGACUCUUUUAAAAAUGGAUUCAGCUUUCGUAAAUAUUGCUUAUCAGAACAAUUGUCAACCUUUCAUCGAGAAAAGAGUACAGAUGAUGAAGAUGGUAGAACGGAAACCUUUUAAUCAAGAAAUUGAAUAGAAAAUCAAAGAGAAAUUUUGUCAAGCAAAGUCUCAUCAAAUGUCAUGAUACUUAUUUGAAAUACAUGAAUGAAUGAACAAAACAUAAUAAAUUCUUAAAAAUCA